UUAUUAAUGUAACUCACAACAUCCUGCUUUUUUCAUGGAAGAGCUUAAUGUUAGAACCUAGAAACGAACAGCUAGCUAGAUAGUUCGCCGAUCAUAGCUCCAAACACAACGAGUUUAUUAAUGUUAAUUUCAACGUUAUCUCCUGAAAGGACGACCACAAUGAACCGUUUUAGUUCCAUCGUCCCAGAUGAUGAGUACCUCGCGGACAGUAAUGUUUUGUUCUACCUGAGUGAUACAGUGACCCAGCUGUUGGAACAUAAAGAGGAAUAUAGCCAUUUUGGGGUGAUCCGCUACUUUGCUGAAUAUUUCAGCAGUGUAAAGAACAGUAACCACGUGCUCUUCAGAGAGUAUAACUACAUCAGGGCCACUCCACAUAACAGAGCUUCCUUCAUCAGAGUCUUCUGGAGAUGCUACAGACAGAUCGGCAAGAGUGGAGACUUGCUGUCCAUGCUGGAGUAUAGGUCUCUGCUGCAGUUAUUGUGUCCAGAUUUCCCCCUGGAGAUGGUGCAGAAUGCAGCCAGAAUUGUUCUGAUGGACGACGCCAUAGACUGCAUGAUGUCUUUCUCUGAUUUCCUUUUUGCACUCCAGCUGCAGUUCUACUACCAAGAAUUCCUGGACAGCGUGCUGGGGAUUUACCAGGAUCUGUUAGCAGGGAAGAGUCCGAACACUGUCAUCGUCCCCACGUCUACCUCCAUCGAGCAGUCCCCUCUGUGGCUGCAGAGGAGAACGACAAGGGGGAGCAACAGCAUUGACGGAGUGGAACCGUCCACUCUGGCUCAGUGUAUAGAUGCCCUCUGUGACAGGUUCAAAUGCAGUCAUCCUCCCAGGUCCUGUAUGAGGCAAGUACUGGAACAGACGAACAAAGUCUCUUACUACAGCUUCCUAAUGAGCCUGGCUAAACAUGAGGCCAUCAACCAAACUAUUGGAGCAUUACCCAGCAAGGCAGAGUUGCUCAUUGAUCCAGAGAUGGACCAGGAACUGGACAAACUAAUCGCCCAGAUCUCAGUGAGUCCUGGCAGCAACAGCAGUGGCAGUGCGGUGGGGGGGCUGAAGGAGAUGCUGCAGAGGAAGGCCUCCCCCAGGAGGAACAUCCACCACAGGAGGAAGAUAGAGGUGGAAAGCGAUGGCUCCACGGAAGAGACAGACUCCUCUGAAAAUUGACUUUUAACUUUUCACCAGUCUGUGACAUGUCACCUUCCAUUUUAACUCCAAAAGACACUGUGACUAUAUGGUACAUGUCAAAACUUUCUUGCCCAUUAUCUGCUAUGAAAACUCACACAUGGAUGAUUGCACAGUGGGGAAAUAAUGUUUGUGUUGGUUGGCAGUAAUUGUAUUUAUUUAGCUUGUGGUGAGUAUUAUAACCUAGUUAAAUAUCAACUGUAACCUCCAGUUAAUACUCAAUGACAAGCAUUUACAAUUUUCCCUGAAACCGUGUUGUCAUUUUGGAAAAGCGUCUAAAACAGCAUUGAUAUCAUACCAUCAUGAAACAAACUCUCCACUAAAGGUUAAACCAAUGAGGUCAUUUUAGUUACUGCAAGUUAGCUGCUCUUCAACAAGGCAUGUUUCAUUGCUGGUUUUACAGUGUGACUGGAAUAAAAGAUAGAAACUGGAGGUGAAAUUA